AGUGCCAAAUGGUGUCGAACUGGAAUUCAAGAUUUAUGAUUGUUUACAGAUCACUAUUAUGAUUAUGAGGCCUACUUCAGACGUAUGGAAUUAUUUCAAUAUGACCUUGUCCCAAAAUGGAAAGAGACAAGCCACGUGUAAAUAUUGCAACACUAAAUAUGAGUUCCCCAAUGCAACAAGAAUGAGGAAGCAUCUGUUAACGCUUUGCACCAAAAUCGCAGCAGAUGUGAAGGAAGAAAUUCCUGGACAUUCAAGAGACUUAACAACUCGGAGUAUUCCAACUGUUUUCAUCCAAGAGGACAAGGACAAGGACGAUCCGAUGCCAAUAGCAAGUACAUCUUCAUCCGGAGACGAACAUGCUUUAGCUUCAAGAUACAGGCAGUCAUCACAGGCAUCAAGUAGCUCUCUUCCACUUCCACUACCAAGUACAAAUAAAUUACCUAGUAAGAAAUGCAAAUUGAUGACGGGAUAUGCUGACUUUAUCACUGCUAAAGAGCAGGAGAAAAUGGAUGAAGCUAUUGCACGAGCUGUGUAUGCCACAGCUACCCCACUGUCUAUAUUUGAAAAUCUACAUUGGCAAGCAGCAUUCAAAUUGAUUCGUCCUGCGUAUAAACCUCCCUCAAGAUUUUUAUUAUCUAAUAUGUUGCUUGAGGCCGAACAUGAAAGAGUGCAAGUUUCAAUUAACGAAAAUAUAAACAAUGCCAAGUGUCUAUGUUUGUUAAGUGAUGGCUGGACAAACUGUCGAGGCGAAGGUGUAAUUAACUUUAUAAUUACAACACCUAAGCCAGUGUUUUACAAAGCUAUAGAAUCCAAUACUAAUAGACAAACAUCAGAUUUUAUUUUUGAGGAAUUUUCACAGGUAGCUGAUGAUGUAGGUCCGGGAAAAUUUAUGGCACUCAUUACUGACAAUGCUGCCAAUAUGAAAAGUGUAUGGAAAAAGUUUACUGAAAAGUAUCCACAUAUAACAGCAUUUGGUUGUGCUCCUCAUUCAAUCAACCUCUUCGCUAAAGAUAUCUUAAAACUUGAUUCCAUUAAAGUUAUAGUUAAUAAUACAAAACUGGUGAUAAAAAAUAUUAAAAAUAGUCAUGUUCCACUUGCUGUUUUUAAGUCUAAGCAAAAAGAUAAAUAUGACAUAAAAUCUAUUGCCCUCAAGCUACCAUGUAAAACUCGCUGGAAUGCUAUUCAUAUUAUGAUAGAUAGUAUGUUAUGUAACAAAGCUGCUCUUCUUGAAACAAUGAUUGAUCCUAAAGUGACAUUACUUAACUCAGUGAGAAACAUACUCGUUGAUAAUGAUAAUUAUUGGGCCCAAUUGAAGUUGAUUGAAGAAUUGCUAAAACCAAUUGCAGUUGCAAUUGCUGUUUUGGAAAGUGAUUCUGCUGUUAUUGCUGAUGUACCGCAAGCUCUUGCUAUUAUGAGGAGUAAUAUUUUUAAUGUAUUGGAGAAAUGGCCGCUUUCCAACUUUCAUGAAAUUGAAAAAAUUAAACAAUUACUCAUAAAAAGAAUAAUAUUCUGCUGCAAGUCUAUUCAUAUGGCUGCCAAUCUUAUGCACCCCUUGUAUCGAGGUAAAGUGUUGUCUGAAAGUAACAAAAUAAGUGCAAUCGAGUUCAUUACUCAGCAGUGCCAACACCUCAAUCUAGAUACAAGUCUAGUGUUGUCCAAUCUGGCAGAGUUCAGGACUGAUAGCGGGAUAUGGUCCAAAAAAGAUGUGUGGAAUGCUGCUGUGCACACCACACCUGCAGUUUGGUGGCGUGGCCUUUGCAAAGAUCAGCCGCUCAUGCUUUUGGCGUCAAAACUGCAUGAAAUACCAGCAUCAUCAGCUGCCUGUGAAAGAGUGUGGUCAGUAUAUGAGAGUGUCCACACAAAACGUAGGAAUAGGCUGACUUGUGAUAGAGUAAAUAAACUGACAAAAAUAAGAUGGAACCUAAAUCUCUUCUCAGUCUCUGCAGCAUGUAAACCUGUUAAGAUGUCCCCGUCCCCGUCCCCUCUAGAGAUGAGUCAAUUUGAGAAUUGUAUACUGAUGGUCGAUGUCGAUGCAGAAAACAAUAAUUACAGCAAAGACAUAGAUUAUGAAGUCGAAAAAGAUGAAAGUGAUAGUCAGGAGGAAACUUAUAGCAGUGAUUGUGAUUCCAUUGAAUAA